AUGAAGAAGAUCUUCGGCGCCAAGAAGAGCCAGGACCCGCCGCCGUCCAUCCAGGACGCCACCGACCGGAUAUACAAGCGGGGGGACACGGUGGACGAGAAGAUCAAGAAGCUGGACGCGGAGCUGGCGCGCUACAAGGACCAGAUCAAGAAGACCAGGCCCGGCCCCGCCCAGGAGGCCGUCAACGCGCGCGCCAUGAGGAUCCUCAAGCAGCGCAAGAUGUAUGAAGGUCAGCGUGACAUGCUGUACAACCAAACUUAUAAUCUUGACCAAGUUGCUUUCGCAUCAGAGGGAAUCAAAGAUGCUCAACAGACUAUGACUGCAAUGAAAGCUGCCAAUAAAGAGCUGAAAGGGACGAUGAAGACUGUCAGGAUUGAAGAUAUAGAUAGCAUGCAAGACGAGAUGAUGGAUCUUAUGGAUGUGAGCAAUGAAAUACAAGAAACUCUUGGUAGAAGCUACAAUGUCCCAGAUGACAUCGACGAGGAGGAACUUAUGGGCGAGCUUGAUGCUUUGGAAGCCGAUAUGGACUUUGAGUCGAAUUCAGUCCCAUCAUACCUCCAACCAGACAAGGAGACUGAUCUUGAUUCUGAGCUUAACCUACCUGCUGCACCAAGUGGUCAUGCAGCAGUCCCGGCGAACCGGCAGCAGGAGGAUGAACUGGGACUGCCUACCGUGCCGCACGCAUCAAUUCGUACCUGA